AUGGGGGAUGUGGGAGUCAUUAACCACACCAUCUACGUGAGCAACCUGAACGAGAAGAUCAAGAAGCCUCUGCUCAAGAAGUCGCUGCACAGCGUGUUCAGCCAGUUCGGCAAGAUCGUGGACAUCGUGGCAUGUCGAGGGCUCAAGCUUAAAGGACAGGCGUGGGUGGUGUUCGCGGAGAAGAGCAUGGCCACAAACGCUCUCCGACAGAUGCAAGGGUUCCCCUUCUUCGAGAAGAAGAUGAGAAUUCAGUUCGCUAAGAGCGAGAGCGACGUGGUCACAAAGAAGGCCGGGACCUACGUCCCCCGCGACAAGCGGAAGCUGCCCUCUGCGGACGCGUCGAACGGCAACGGCCUCCACCAGGCGGCGCCGGCGCCGGCGGCGACGACUCCCGGUGCCGCAGGCGCCGCAGGCGCUGCCGCCGUGCCUCCCGCCUCCGCCCUACCGCCGGUCCCUCCGCCUGCUGCCGUCGUCGCGGGUGCCCCGCCUCCGGCGGUGCCGCAGCCCGCGGGUCCCAUCGGAGACGUGCCGCACAACAUCCUGUACGCCACCGGCCUACCGCCGGAAAUCACUCAAGUUAUGCUGUCAAAGCUGUUCGAGCAGUACCCGGGGUUCUCAGAGGCACGGAUGGCACCGGGAGGCCAGGCUUUCAUCGAAUUUGCGGACCAGAUGCAGGCCGGCAUCGCCCUGAACGCUUUGAACGGCUUCAAGCUCUCGGCAACAAACCCCCUCCAACUAGCCUUCGCGCGCAAGGCGUGAAAGCGGCAUGGUGGAUGGGAGAGGGAAGAGCAAGAAGAGACGAAGAGAGAGAAGCAGAUGGGCAAGGGGCGUCGGCUCCGCCCCCGUCCAUCGCUCCAUCCGUUCCACUGGCCAAGCCAUAUUUUCCGUUUGCAUUCCGUGCAGACUCGCGCGCGUGUGUUGUCAACCACCUGUGACUGUCUGUCCUUGUUCUGGAUGUAGCCGUAUCGUAGGACGGGGAACGGAAGAACAACAACGGGAAGGAAGUCAGCCAACGAUAAAAUCCACGGACAGACACGAGCAGCUUUUGUGGGGGCAUAUAGCUGACCUCAGGGGAAGACGGCGUGCUAUUGCUUGGUUGUUGAGGGGGGCGAUCUCAAGCCUCGCGGUUGCGCGGGAGCAUCUCGUAGAAUAGUAGUGGAGGGGUGGCCUAAGCCUAUUAACUGUGGUUUUGCAGCAGCAGCAGCGCGUAGAGGAAUGGUAGCAGGCUUUGGCUUCCCCUCGCACUCGUGGCUCUGCUGGUUUUAGGUGUGUGGGCUGGGGCAGGCUUUUUGGUGCUGCUGGUUGCUGGUUGCUCACGUGGUCGAGAAGGGAUUGUUGGGGGGCAGAGUAGACUUGUUGUUGGCCUCGGCUUAAGAUGGCCCUUGCUCCUGACGGUCGGUCGGCCUGUCUAGUGCUACACAGAAUGAACAAGGCAGAAACCGUUCACGCACGCGGAGGGGGGUUGGUACAUGGAACGAUGGGCUGUUACUAAUAGUGAUGGGGUGACGUUUGAGACGCGCACAAGACGAUGUGAUUGAUUGCCCACUACUGUUCGGGACGUAGCUAUAAGAUAUUGUAAUGGAUUGCGUGCGACAAGAUCCUUUUCUGUGUUUGGGAACGCUUUAUGCACGUAUGGAGGAUAGGAGGAAGGAGCGCUCGGGACGGUGGACAGAGCAGUGGGUGUGGUUUUCGGCGGAAACUAUAAAUCCGCGUCUCCCCCCUCCUAAACAUCGAGGGGGAAGCUGCUGCUUGUCGCUAUCUGUUUAGUCUUCCGGACGGAGACGACACGGCUGUUGGUUCAAGACAUUUUUUACUCUCUUAUAC